CACGACGCGCUGAACGCGUGCCAAGUGACGGCACAUUUGCUAGUCAAUCAAGGCUUCACCAGCCAUGUACUUUUCUCGAGGUUUAUACACAAUUUGAACUCUUGUCUCGAGAAUCUGUGGAUGGAUUCUGGGCUUCUCUGCUACCAAACACUGCUUUUCCUUAAUAAUAUUUUUCUCACACAUGCCACCACCAGCCUGGCUUAAUCGGACCCGGAGCUCCUUCCUUUGUUAGACGAUUACGGCCUACGGUAUACAGCACACAGGAACAAGCGACCCUUCAAUCUUCCACAGGCAUGUCCGUUCUUCUUCAGCGACUCCCCGAUAAUAUACCGACUAUGGGAGCCUCCGCAGCUGGAAAUGACGGCAGAGUACAUCCUUUUUUUACUACACCGCGCCCACAACCCCUAAACGAAGAGCAGCAUGGCGAGCUGCAAGCUGCUCUUGGCAGCAGUCCAGUACCCUAUGCUGCCGCUGGGCCAGAAUUGGCUUUGAGCAGGGAAGGCGAUCAAUCAGACCCCCAAUAUAGCGAGCCCAAGAGGCAGAAGCGAAAAUCGGAGGCCACUGAGGGAACCACAGGCAAGAAGAGACGGGGAAGACCAAGAAAAGUACAACAACCCACCGAUACUACCAGAGACGAUGCUUCAGUCUCUUCCCAGGAUGUCCAGGGACCACUUGAUACCAGCACAACAAAUGAUCAUACCCUACGAGAAACUGCCGACAACAUCCGUAGAUCUCUGCCACCAGUUCUUCCUCCAUCUUGCAACGAGGUACCCCACAACGAAGCGACAACUGCAGUCGUGACUGUACCCACGGAUGCAAAUGCAGAUGCAGGAGUCAAGCCCAAGAAGAUGUUGAAUUUCAACGCCAAGUCAGGAACUCUUGGCUCUCCCCCGAACCCUAAAGAAACACCCGUCAAGUCAUCACCAAACUUGAAGCCCACGAAAGCUCGCGGCACGCGGAUUGCGAAGAAACUGACGUUGGUGGUAUCAGUCAAAUAUGGCACGGACGAACAGGCGCGUCUGAGGAUUGGCAAUAGGAUCGAAGAGAUUCUUAAGGCGCAGCGCCACGAUGGUUCUGUGCUACCUGCAACAGCAUGGGAUUUACCAGCAACAAACCUCCCUCAGGUCGAUGCCAAAAUCCAAAAGCAAGCUACAACCAACAAAAAGACUCAUCCUUUCUUUCUUGCCAAGACACAAAAGACGAGUGCAACCUCCGAGAAACAGGCCAUAGAGAAGACAACUACGGAUUCAACAACACAUAAGGUCUUCUCCUCAACUCCUUGUUCCCCAAAAAGACCACGUGCCCAACCAAUAGAUGCUGCACAGGCCAUGGGCAAAGGUCAAAUCCAGUUUGGAACGAGGCAUCUAGGCCUUAAAAUACCUGGUGCAUGUCUUCCUCCGUGGCCUUGGAAAGGGGCUGUCCGCAUAGGCGAAGAUGAGAUGGCUUGCAAACAAGAACAGCCGGCCUUAUAUCGCUCUUGUAGAAAAUCCAAAGGAAACGCCACACUGAUAAAUCUGGAUGAGUCGAUUAUAACGCGGCUUACUGAUCAACUUCGGAUACCUGCAGUGGUUGAGGAGCUCAGAAAUGUGGAUACUGACAGGUUCACGCCAGCUCCUCGUGAGCUCCGACUUCCUCAGAAACAUUGCGAGAGUGGGCGAAAACUGCAAGAAAGGAUAAGGAGCCAACUCAAAACACUUGAGUUCAACCUUGGCACUGUUAGAUUCUUUGAGUCUAUCAGCUCUAGCCUUGCAGCACACGAUCGAUCACAAUGCGAGUCACAGGCUUGGGCACAAAAGUACGCCCCUGCUUCUGUUUCCGACGUUCUCCAGGCAGAGAGAGAAACCACCCUGCUCAAAGAGUGGCUUGUGGCUCUUCAAGUCCAGUCUGUUGACACUGGCGCUGAUGCUGCGCCUGGACGAGGGAAAGGGGGCCUCAAAGGAAUAGAUGCGGGGCAAAAGAAACGGAAACGGAGAAAGGUUGAUAAUUUCAUCGUCUCCAGCGACGAGGACGACAACGAACUGAACGAACUAUCCGAGCCGGAAACCGAAUCAUCUCUGCCAGUCACCGGAGGCUUUUCAAGGAGAACUGUCAUUAGGUCAAGCAACGGCGCUUCAUCCAAGGCUGGCAAGGAAAUGCCACGACUGAAGAACGCGGUUGUCAUCAGUGGUCCACAUGGAUGUGGAAAGACCGCAGCCGUUUAUGCGGUUGCCAAAGAACUUGGCUUCGAAGUAUUCGAGAUCAGCCCUGGCAGCCGUCGCAAUGGCAAAGAUAUACUUGAGAAGAUCGGGGAUAUGACCAGGAAUCAUCUUGUGCAGCACCAUCAAGCAAGCGCAAUCACCCCUGGCGAUGAGGACGCUUGUGUGCCUAUUGACGACAGUGUUGCGAAUGAGGUGCAGUCUGGAAAGCAAGCAACCAUGGGCUCAUUUUUUAAGACGAACACCAAAGCGAAACCGACGCCAAAGCCACAACCAGCACCAAACCCGGCAGCUCCUACGAAGCAAUCAGAGAUUAAAAAGGCGCCAUCCAAGAUUCAGAAACAGUCACUGAUUUUGCUGGAGGAGGUUGACAUCCUUUACGAAGAAGACAAGAAUUUUUGGACAACGGUAAUGGGACUUAUGGCCCAAUCCAAACGACCCUUCAUCAUGACUUGCAAUGAUGAGUCUCUCGUUCCUCUUCAGUCACUUGAUCUUCACGGUAUCUUCCGCUUCAACCCACCCCCUAUUGACGUUACUGUCGAUCGACUUUUGAUAAUGGCGGCACAUGAAGGGCACGCCCUCCGAAGAGGUGCUGUCGAAUCGUUAUAUGUAUCGCGAGGCCAUGACAUGCGUGCGUCAAUUGCCGAUCUGAACUAUUGGUGCCAAAUCGGUGUUGGCGAUCGCAGGGGUGGUUUUGAUUGGUUCUACCUGAGAUGGCCUAAGGGGGUUGACCAGGACGAAGCCGGGGAUAUUGUGCGCGUUGUCAGUGAAGACACCUAUCAGGAAGGAAUGGGCUGGCUGAAUAGAACGCCUGAAAAAGGGGCUCAGGAAGGAUGCCAUGGCGAGGAGGCCCUGAUGAAACAUGCUUGGGAUCACUUUGGUCUUGACAUAGGCCUGUGGCAGGAUUCUCAAGCCAUGCAGUUGUGGGCUGAGAAUUGCAGUGGCUCUGGGGACAGGUCUUGUGCUGAACGACUGGCGGCUCUCGAGGCAUAUGACAGUUUCACAGACGUCAUGAGCAUUGCUGACUUGAGCUCUGCGAUGGAGACAAUAUCGUCUAAAGAGCUCUCAAUCGAUGCAACCCUUCCACCGCUUCCAGCUAAGGCCAGAGAAGACUUUACGCUUGGCCGGAUACUCAUUGAAGCGACGCCAGUUACAAGUUAUGAUGCCUUGGACACUGCGAUCUCAGUUUGUCUGAAGGCGAUGGGCAAACAGGAGCUCCGCCAGACACGCACAAAUCAAGAAUUGUCUUCGGGUCAAGAUGGACUCGCUCCACUGGAAGAAGAUCAAGCCAUCCCCGCAAUCCGGAACCAUCUUAACGGGCCAUCAUUGGCGGCCCCUGCUGUAAACCGGCUCGAUUUCGCCAUUGCCUUUGACCCGAUAGCUGUCUCGGAAGAGGCGGCAGCAGCCGGGCCCUCUUCCCAUCUCGAUCCGUCAGUAUGGGAUCGGACGAUGAAGAUCAUCACACUUGAUGUUGCACCGUUCGUCAGAGGGAUCGUUGCUUUCGACAACCAUCUCCAACAACACCGCAUGAAGCUGAGCAACCUUAUGAGCCAGGGCGGCGCCGGUCCAAAGAAGCGGAUGCGCACCACCCGCGCAGCGUAUUCGGCCAUGGAGGGCGGCCAGAGGAGCACUACCCGUGCCGAGAAGUGGUUCAAAGCGGACAUAAACCCAUAUUUCGUCAAGGCCACCGCGCCUAGGGGCUGUGCGGAUCUGGUGCCGAUACCAGCCAUCAUCGAGGCAGAUGAAAGAAGCACGGCCGGUGAGAUUGCAGGACUGGGAUCAUCCUGUGACGAAAGCGAUCCGGCACCCCAGCCGGUAGUGAACAAAGGGAGGAACAAACUAAGGAAAAGUGUGGUGGGCGCGAGCAGCGACUGUUCCGAGGAUGAGUUGGCUUCAUAAUACUACUAAGUCUAGCAUCGGAGUUUGGUGCAGGAAACAUGUUUAGGAACAACCUUCUUUUGGGAUUCACAGUUCGUUCGAGACUUUGCAUUUAACGUGACAUUAGCCACAAUGUCUGACAGUAGAAUUGACCUGGGACACAUAUAUUACGAAAUCAAGGAUGUCAUGAAACAUUAUAGCUAUUUAUUCCUACAAAAUGUCAAGUCAAGUAUGUCCAUGUCUAAAGUUGUUGUUCA